UCUACAGUCACGUAAUGAAUGAAGGGCAUUCAAGCCUUGCCACUGAGUUACAGGAAGAGUUAGAGGAAAACCCUUGUCCGGUUGUGGAUGAGAGUAAUGUCGUGUCAGCUAAAACACAGGGACCAACUUUAUAUAACUGGAGUGGUGACUGGAGCUUUUGGAUUUCAAGUUCCACCUAUAAAGACAGGAAUGAGGAAUACAAAAAACAGUUUACACAUCUGCCUGAUACAGAGAAACUGAUAGCAGAUUAUGCUUGUGCUCUUCAGAGAGACAUUUUGCUCCAGGGACGACUAUACCUUUCAGAAAACUGGCUCUGUUUCUAUAGCAACAUCUUCAGAUGGGAAACUACGGUAAGACGUAUUUUGUAUUUGAUUUGUUGGUACUAAUAAUUGUAGAGAUGAAAUGUGUACAGUCUUCCUCAUAACCAUGUACUUUAGA